CUUUGAAUAAGAGAAAAAUAAAAAUUACAAAACCCACUUUUACAAAAAUUAGUUUAAUCAACACAACAAGUUACCUAUCGGACACUAAUCACUCAAAAAACUCACUUAAUUAUUUUAAAUACAUAUUAACUUUAUCGAUUGAUAUGAAGAAGUAGAACAGUAUCAUAAAUAUUUAUUUGAAACUUGUACAGCAAAUAUACAAACAGAAAAAUGAAGUUUAAGACCAGUUUAUGUAAAGCUACCGUAAACAUCCUCAAGCCAAAGCAAUUUUCUUACCAUGUUCGUGUAUGGGAUCAGCAGCAUCGAAAUCUAAUGUCCAGACAGCUGGUUUACAAUGAAUUUGGGGAUCCCUUACAUGUUGUAAAAUAUCGGGAAUGCGAAGUACCGCCUCUUGGAAAGCAAGACGUAUUGGUCAGAAUGUUGGCUGCACCAGUGAAUCCAGCUGAUAUAAAUACUAUACAAGGAAAAUAUCCAGUUAAAGUAAGUCUUCCAUCAAUUCCUGGAAAUGAAGGUGUAGGCUUAGUGGAACAGGUUGGUUCAGAAGUUAAAGGUUUAAACAAAGGUAACAAAGUUAUCUUGACAACUUCACUACAAGGGACUUGGCGAGAUGUUGGAGUGUUCCCAAGAUCAUCACUUACAGUGGUACCAGAUGCCUUAGGAGAUGUAGAAGCUGCUACAUUAACAGUCAAUCCAUGCACAGCAUUUAGGAUGCUGUGUGAUUUUGUGUGUCUGAAAAAAGAUGAUGUUGUGAUCCAAAAUGGAGGUAACAGUGCAUGUGGACAAAAUGUAAUUCAAAUUUGUAAAGCCUGGGGGGUGAAAACUGUAAAUAUAGUCAGGAAUAGGCCGGAAAUAAAUGAUUUGAAAGCAUACUUAACAAGUUUAGGGGCAACAUAUGUUUUUACAGAAGAAGAACUACGUAGUGUACAAAUUUUUAAAGGGGAAAUUAAGAAGCCUUUGUUAGCAUUAAACUGUGUUGGUGGAAAAAGUGGAGCUCAAUUAUUUAGGUAUAUGGAUCAUGGAGGCACUAUGGUAACCUAUGGUGGUAUGUCUAGAGAACCAGUGAUUGUCCCUACAUCUGCAUUUAUAUUUAAGGAUAUGUCAUGUAGAGGCUUUUGGAUGACUGCAUGGAAUAAAAAAGCUCCCUCAGAAGCUCAAGAGCAGAUGCUGGGAGAAAUUAUAAAACUUAUGUUGUCUAAAGAAUUAAAAGCUCCUAUACAUAAAUUGAUAAAAUUUAAGGAUUAUCCAGAAGUGUUAAAAAAUUCACUUGCUCCGCAGGGAUUUGCUGGUUGUAAAUAUCUCUUAGAUUUUACAGAGUAGGUAGAUUAAGAAAAAAAGCUAUAGGAAACCUGUUAUUGUACAUAGGAUUGUUUAUUGUAAAUAUGUAUGUGUCUAUUACAUUCAAUAUUUUUUUAAACUUAAAAAUCUAAGGCAAGAGCAUCUAUUAUUGAAAAUUUAUUAUUAAUUACU